GCUUUGACACCGCAAUCCCCCGCAAUCCCCAAUGAGCGCCUGUGUAGACUGUCCGGCUUUUAAGCGGCAGAAUGCCAGUAGUUCUCAUCAUCAGUCGUCCCUUACCAAAUGAACAGACCAGAUCGGCGCUAGUUUUCUUCUCUCAUUUCGGCCGACUAAAUUUUCCCGUAAUAUUACAUUUCCCUCAAAUUUCCGCCUCCGGCGAAGCCGCAUUCGCGGUUCCGAGAACGGUCUGAGGGAAUCAGAAACCCUAACCCUAAGUCACUUGUCUGAUGAAAUGGGAGAUGGAGAUGGAACAGAUCGAAGCAGUCCUGGAGAGAAUCUGGGACCUCCAUGACAAGAUUAGCGACGCCAUCCAUGCGAUCUCCAGAGCUCACUUCCUGAAAUCCAUCAAGAAUCUCGCCCGACCUCAGGAGAAGAACCAUCCACCGGAUGGAGACUUGGGCGACGGAAGCGAUGAAAGAAGUUGUGGUUACGUUUUCGUUAAGGGUUUCCGGCCGGAUGAGGACGCCGCCCUGGCUGAGGCAAGGAGCCUCAACGCCAUCAGGUCUGCACUAGAGAACCUCGAGGAUCAGAUCGAGUUCUUCCACACCAUACAAUCACAGCAACAAGCAGAACGAGAUGCUGCGAUAGCUCGGCUGGAGCAGAGCCGCAUUAUUCUGGCGAUGAGACUUUCUGAACACCAGGGUGAAAAACACAAGGUAAUUGAAGAAGCCCAAGCGUUUGUUUCAGAUGUGCAGGAAGCCAGUCAAUUCAUAGCUCCAGAGAAUCUCUUUGCAGAACCGCUAAGUCGACCCGGAGAAGAUGCCGGCACUGAAAAAGAUUGCAAACCACAUGCUUUCAUGGAGAUGUUGAUCUCUAGCCUUGCAUUUGCCAAAUCCUCACUAAGCUUGGAUAGGUUUGGCGGUGUGUUAGGAAACGCAGCUCUUUUUGCUGUGAGUAUGCUGGCCUUUCUGCAGAUGCGACAGGCAGCCAUCAAACAAGAAGCCCCAGCUUUAUCAAACCGGAGUUCUUACAAGAGCAAGAGUGAGAGAAUGGAUUAUUCAUCGCAGUCAGAUGUGUUGCAGUAUUUUGAUGUAUAUUCGGCAAGAGGCUAACUGCACAGUGGAGGUAAGCCACUUUUCUUUGUACAUGUUUUGGUAGUGACUGGACUAUAAUGUGUCCUGGUAGUUGGUUUUUCUUUUUUUCUCAGUUCUAUUUCAGUGCAAAAGGAAUUACUAGUGAUGUUUUGAUUAGAAUAGAUGAGGUAUUCUUUGUGUAAACUUUGUCAACCUGAACACUUCUGUUAUUGCAAAAAUGAUUCUAUUAAGCAUAUCCA